AUGGGAGAUGGACCCUCCAGGAAGCUGGGCUUCAUCCAGGACAUCCUGCUCAUUCUUGUCUCAAGUACUGCCAUGUACUAUAUUGCGAAGAGUGUGGUAUCAAGUCUGCCACUAGCAACAGAUCCCGAGAAGGAGCAACAUGAGCAAGCCCGCAUUCGCGCUGCAGCCAACCUCCGCAGAUUAGACAAGUCGAGGCGCGAAGAUGAUUCGGAGGAUGAUUCGGGGCAUGGCACUGAGUCCUCAAGGCGGCCUCGCAAGGAGGAUCUAAGUUUGGAUCAAUACGAGAGUCAGAUAGCCAUGGAAGUGGUGUCUCCUGAGGAUAUACCUGUCGGUUUUGAUGAUAUUGGUGGUCUGGACGAUAUUAUCGAAGAACUGAAGGAGUCAGUUAUCUACCCACUCACAAUGCCUCAUCUAUAUUCUCAAUCGUCUUCAUUACUGGCCGCACCCUCCGGAGUACUUCUGUAUGGUCCACCGGGUUGUGGCAAGACUAUGCUUGCAAAAGCCCUUGCGCAUGAGAGUGGAGCGUGCUUCAUUAAUUUGCACAUUUCGACACUGACCGAGAAGUGGUAUGGAGAUUCCAACAAGCUAGUGCGAGCAGUGUUCUCGUUAGCUCGGAAGUUGCAACCAGCCAUUGUGUUUAUUGAUGAGAUAGAUGCAGUCCUUGGACAGAGACGUAGUGGAGAACAUGAAGCUAGCGGCAUGGUGAAAGCAGAGUUUAUGACAUUAUGGGAUGGUCUCACUUCAUCAAACGCAGUCGGACUUCCUGCACGAAUCAUGAUUCUUGGAGCAACAAACCGAAUUCAAGAUAUUGAUGAGGCAAUUUUGAGAAGAAUGCCCAAGAAGUUUCCAGUUUCCCUACCAUCAAACUCCCAGAGACGGAGAAUCUUGAAGCUCAUCCUGAAAGAGACCAAGACCGAUCCAGAACAUUUCGAUAUCGAGUAUCUUACCCGUGUUAUGGCAGGCAUGUCAGGCAGUGAUAUCAAAGAAGCAUGCAGAGAUGCUGCGAUGGUACCCGUUCGGGAAUUCAUCAAGCAACAGCGAGAGCAAGGAGUUGCAAUGUCUGGUGUCAGAUCUGAGUUGGUUCGAGGUGUUAGAACAGAAGACUUCUUCGGGCGGAAGGGGGGCGGGCAAAUCAUCAAGGACAACCAUGCACGCCACUCAGCGAAACAGGUCCAGAAGCAGAAGAAGGCCGAAGGAUCAAGUGAUGAUUAUGAAGAUGUUGAUGAGGAAGCAGAGUCGAUGGAUUGA